GUCGCGGACGUCUUUCUGCUAUCUACCCUCGCCUACCACGCCUUGAAUCGCUGCGCAUCUGCCUUCCACAAUGUCGGCUUCUCCUCAGCAGGAAGCCGUAGCCGAUAAUAAAUUCGACGAUUUAGAUGAGAGAGAACAACCAACAGCUGACGAAACAGAGGGUGCUGGUGAGGUUAGCGAUGCUGCACCUGUAAAACGGGGACGCGGUCGUCCCAAAGGGAGCAGAAAUAAAAAAUCAGGGGGUUCAACCGCACCAGGCGCCUCUUCAGAGGCUGGAGUCAAGAGAAAACGCGGCAGACCGCCCAAGGAAAGAAAAGCAAACGAAUCUGGGGAAGAAGAACCAGUGACGAAGCGCAAACGUGGUCGUCCACCCAAAACAUCUAAAACAGAAACUGCUGCAGGAGCAGAAUCUGGGGGGAAUGGUGAAGCUAGUCCAGAAACAAGUACGAAAAGAAAAAGAGGACGACCACCGAAGAGUCAAUAA